AUGCCAAGUGUGGCUGUAAAACUCUACAGCGUAUUCUUCAAGUUCCUCUUGAAGCACCGUUUACAAAACCGGAUUCAAGCCCAACCCGACAAUAACUCCAACUCGUUUGGUAUCACUUCACGACCCGAAGAAUCCGUCGCUAACUCUAACCCUUCUUUUACCGACGGCGUCGCCACCAAGGAUAUCCACAUCGAUCCUUUCACUUCUCUCUCUAUCCGAAUCUUUCUUCCUCACUCCGCUCUUUCUCCUCCCAAGCCUCAUUCCAAACCUAACUCCAAACCUAAACAACAAGCUCCCGAACCUGGAUCUGUACGGAGAAGUAGCUAUGGUCCUCCGUUCAGGGAAGAGCAGCUCCGAGGGAGGAAUAGUAACGCUGUUGAGGGUUUGAAUUUGAUGGGCGCUGGUGUUGAAACCGGUGCCGGUUUGUACCGUGGUUACUCGCCGGCGUUGGAUAAUCGGCGGAGGAAAUUACCGGUGAUGUUGCAGUUUCAUGGUGGGGGGUGGGUUAGUGGUAGUAAUGAUUCGGUGGCGAACAAUUUGUUUUAA